AUGAGGACCUCCAUCAUCUCCCUCCUGCUGGCGCUCUUCGUCGCCCUCGUCGCAGCACAAACCCCCACCGCGACAGACACCGCAGAAGCAACCACCUCCGUGGCAGCAGAACAACCCUCCGGAACGCCAGAGGCUUCAGGAACACCAACGACCCCGACAUCCACCGCCGCAAACUCCGGAGGCAACGCCGGUGGCGGCAGCGGCAGCGGGACCACAACCGCCGCAGGAAGCAGCACCACAACCCCACCAGCAGACGUCUACCUCAAAGUCCCCGAGCUCUCCGUCGGCCGCAUCGAGCUCGACGUAGACAACCUCUCCGCCGAAGUGAACCUCGCCGCCGAGGUCGCCAAGCUCGUCACCAUCAACGCGGGCGUCCAAGUCGGCAUCGAAAAGGUAAACAUCACCAUCGUCGACGUCGAAGCCGAGCUCGAGCUCGUUAUCCGCCUCGGUAACCUCGUCGACAUCGUCAACCGCACGCUCGCCUCGCUGGAUCUGAACCCCCUGCUCAUCAACCUCCUCGACACCGUUGGCGAUGUCGUCGACGACGUCAUUGGUGCCGUGGACGGGCUUCUGGGUUCCAUCGUCAACGGCGACUCCAAGAUUAACUUCUUGAUUGACAACCUGGGAAACAUUGUGCAAGAGGUCACCAACGCGGGCGCCACCGCCCUGAGCUCCAUCAUUGGCAACUACCAGCAGAACAUGACCUUUACGGGUUCCCAGCAGGAUCUCGGUAACGGGCUGACGCAGAAGACGUACUCGUACGAGCCGCUUAGUUCGUUGGUGAAUAUCGUCUUCAAUACGCUCGGUCAGGUUGUGAGGGCGACUGUGGUUAAGGGUGGCGCGUCGGGAAGCGGGAGCUCGUCGGCGAGUGGGACGACAGUCGCGGCGACGACGGCUGCUGCUACGACUGCGGCUCCGGUGACGACGACGGCUGCUGCUAGCACGUAA